UCAAAGGGUACCAAGUUUGGUAUGUCUUGUGUUUAUGACCCCGAAGCUUUGUACUCAUUAGCACUGUUGCCUUUGGCCUACUUCAAUCUUCAACAUAAAACAGAUUUUGAAUUUCACAAGAUCCUUAGAGGAUAUUUCACUAGUGUUCAUCCCAUGUAUAUAGUAUUUGAGGCCAUCAGCCCUACUAUUGGUGGAGGAGGACUUCCCAUAGUCUUCCAAUCACAUAUUGGCCUUCGACCAGGAAGGCCAGUACGCGAGGAGGUGUAUUUCUGUAAGUUGCACCCGAUUGAUUGUAGUUAUACUCUUGACAAUCUUCCAGUUUGCUCCUCAACUGACACUUUUGAUCACACCAAAGCCCGUGUUCUUGCAGCUGCUGCGUACUCUACCUACGAAAUGGUUAUUUUGUCUUUUGAUUCUCUGUCUCAAGACUUUGCGGUUUCCUUUGCUAAUAUUUUCAUGUCUCAUCUUCCUGAUCAGGGACGUAGAUUAACUUUGAAGGACAUUUUUAGCUUUGAAGAAAUUGCAGAACCGACUUUGGAUGGUGGAUUUGACUUUACCUACAAGAUCACAUUUAACGUUUUUAAAACAAAAGAUGCUUCUUAUGUGUCGCCACCUAUUGAAACAGUGGUGACAUUUCUUCAAGAUUUUUCAAUAAUGGAGGUGAAAUCUACUAUUGAAAAGGAGAUGCCAAAUGAAGUUAAGGAUGAUUUGAAUCGAGAGAGAGUGUUGCAGGCAAUGUUAUAG